AUUGCAUACGGAGAUUUUUUUUUUUUUUGCAAAAUCGCAGUGAUCAAUGUGCGCUGCGGCAGGGAUACAAGCCGAUUUGAGCACAGCAGACAUCGAAUAGCGUGCUUGCUCAAACAGUCUCUCUAAACCAACAUGGAGGACCAUUUCUGUACAGUUCUGUGCAAGGUUCCACUGACCCAUCGCAUCGAGCACAGCACAUAAGCUUUUAACAGCCCUUGGAAAUAUGAGCCAAACGACAGAGUCUUCAGCCGAUGCUGCUGUGACUGAAGCUCCAGUUCCUCAAACUGAGACCAAGCAGUCAACUGCUGGAAAGAAACAAAACAAAAAGAAAGUUGAAGAGGUGGUGGAGGAAGAAGAAGAGGAGUAUGUUGUGGAGAAAGUCUUGGAUCGGCGUGUGGUGAAGGGAAGAGUUGAAUACCUCCUUAAAUGGAAAGGCUUUACUGAUGAGGACAAUACCUGGGAACCAGAAGACAACCUGGACUGUCCUGACCUCAUAGCAGAAUACCUUCAGUCACAGAAAUCUGCCGAAUCUGGAGGCAAGAGGCGGGCCGAGACGGACGGAGAUGGAAAAGAAUCGAAAAGGCGCAAGGAUGAGCCUGAGAAACUCAGAGGUUUUGCACGUGGUUUGGAUCCUGAGAGGAUUAUUGGUGCUACAGACUCAAGUGGAGAGCUCAUGUUCCUCAUGAAAUGGAAAAACUCUGAUGAAGCUGAUCUUGUACCAGCCAAGGAGGCGAAUGUAAAGUGCCCGCAAGUGGUCAUUUCCUUUUAUGAGGAACGCCUCACUUGGCAUUCAUAUCCUACCGAAGAGGAAGAUAAAAAAGAUGAUAAAAACUAAAAUGUAAGGGACAAUUUUAAAUUUUGGCCAUUGAAAUGUGUAUUUGAUUUUUUUCUUGUGUCAGAUACAAGUUUUGAGGUCAAGAACUCACACAACAGUUUGAGCUGUUAUCUACAUAGGUUUCAGUAUAUUUUUUAGUUUUGGUACCAUUGCCAUAUUUAAAAACAAGUAGAACACUGCUGUUUUAGUGUGCUUAACAAAUGACAUAAAUAUAUAUAUAUAUGAACAUACACACACACAUACACACCCCUUUAAAUGUACUUUUCAUGCUUUCUUGCCAUGUUUUGUUGACCAAAACGUUUAAAUCUCAUUCAGAUUUAAAUCCAAUUAGCUUUUACAAGAAAAAGUAUUAUAAUUAAUACAUGUAAAAUUGUGAAGGCCUUUAAAUUUUUUUAUGUUGAACACAUUGCCUCCCCCUGUGUAGAUUACAGUGUUUGUUUUAUAAGUGUCGAUCAUACAUUGUCUGUUUUGUUUGAUGAUGUAGAAGUCUCAAACCCUAUAUUUUUUUCAACUUUGUGUAUAUAAAUAAUGUUAAAAUAUGUCUGCCUUAACAGAAUAUGAAUUUUUUUACAUCUGUUAAAACAGUUGAUCAUUAAAUGCAUGACUUGAUCUAGAAAGACCCAUUGAAAAAUAAUACAGGCCUUAUUGAAUGUUUGGACCUGCUUUUGAUACAAUUGGUUUUUAAAGACAUGCCAACAGUGUUAUUAUCCAGUGUUUAUUUAUCCAUGUACUAGAUUAUAUAUUCAGUUCUGCCAUAGGUGCUAUUUGUGGAACAGCCCUAAUAUAAUGAUUUUCUUUCUUGUCUUGACGUUGUGUUUGUAAAUAUCUUUGCCAUUUUCUAUACCGUCAACAUUACUAUGUACAGUCAGUUUAGUUGUUACCUUCAUACUUACUACUGCCAAACAGCAUAAAAGAAAAGUAGAAUAGUAACAAUCUUCUUUAAAAAAAUCAACUACAUUUUUAUGUCUCAAGCUUUAACAAUUGUAUGCUAAUUGUUUGCUAGUUUUGUUUAACUAUGUAACUAUUGCAUAUUAUCAUCACGCCAUUGAAUAUCAUUUGAAAAAAUAAAAAGGUUUGUUGUAAUUGUCAACCCUGUUGAUACAAA